AUGGGCAUCGGAGAGCAGCAAGAAGAACGGGAGACGCUUAAGUCGAUUUUUGCAAAUGAAAUUACAGAUAUUUCUGACACCGCAUAUCGAAUAUCGAUAACCUUGGAUGUCGCUGAUGCCGCAGGUGAUGAUGAUGAUGCAGAACCUCCCGUCCUCAUACUACAGGUUUCAUACCCGCCUCAAUAUCCAGACGUUGCUCCAGACCUCGAACUCUUCUCCCCUCCAAAUGCACCCAAACACCCCCACCUUGAGAUACAGGAAGACCGCGAUCGUCUUUUAGAGUCGUUGCAGACCACCAUUGAAGAAAAUAUGGGGAUGGCGAUGAUAUUUUCCCUUGUUGAUAUGUUAAAGGAGGGCGCAGAGCUGCUUAUUUCCGAGAGACAGGCCGCUGUUCAGGCAUUAAAGGAAAUGGAAGCUGCCAAGGCAGAAGAGGAAGAGAAUCGCAAAUUUCACGGCGCUGAAGUAACACGGGAGUCGUUUUUGGAGUGGAGGAGUAGGUUCCAGAAGGAGAUGGAGGAGUUGGAGCGAAGGAAACGAGAAGAGAGGGAGACGGAAGACAAGAAGAAGAAGUCUGUUGCAAAAGAGGAGAAGAGGCUUACAGGGAAAGAAUUGUGGGAGAGAGGACUGGUGGGUAAGGUGGACUAUGACGAAGAUGAUCUUGAUUCUCUCCCGACAGAUAUGGAAAAGGUGGAACUUGUAUCACUAUGA